AAAAACUUGUGAAAUAUUUGGAUCCCAACGACCUGGGGAGAAUCAACUUCAAGGACUUUUGCCGGGGGGUGUUCGCCAUGAAAGGCUGUGAGGAGCUGCUGAAGGACGUGCUGUCCAUGGAGAGUGUAGGGACCCUGCCCUGCGCCCCGGAGAUCCCAGACUGUGUGGAGCAGGGCAGUGAGGUGCCAGGCUCCACCUUUGCUGAUGGCGAGCUGCUCCCCAGGGAGCCUGGCUUCUUUCCUGAGGAUGAGGAGGAGGCUAUGACACUGGCCCCGCCCGAGGGUCCCCCAGAGUCCGACAUGGACAGCCCCAUGGAGAGCACCCAGAGCCUGGAGGGGUCAGUCGGGAGCCCUGCCGAGGAGAAGGACGGGGGUCUCGGGGGCCUGUUCCUGCCAGAGGACAAGUCCCAGGGCCACACGCCAUCCAUGACGACGUCAGACCUCUCCACACAUUCCACCACCUCGCUCAUCAGCAACGAGGAGCAGUUUGAAGACUACGGAGAGGGGGAUGACGUGGACUGUGCCCCCAGCAGCCCCUGCCCCGACGACGAGACCAGGACCAACGUCUACUCGGACCUGGGGUCUUCCGUGUCUUCCAGUGCUGGGCAGACACCUAGGAAAAUGCGGCACGCGUACAACAGCGAAUUGCUGGAUGUCUACUGCUCUCAGUGCUGCAAGAAAAUCAACCUGCUGAAUGACUUGGAAGCCCGACUAAAAAACCUGAAGGCCAACAGCCCCAACCGAAAGAUUUCUAGCACAGCCUUUGGACGGCAGCUCAUGCACAGCAGCAACUUCAGCAGCAGCAACGGCAGCACUGAGGAUCUGUUCCGGGACAGCAUUGACUCCUGUGACAAUGACAUCACGGAAAAGGUGAGCUUCCUGGAGAAAAAGGUGACAGAACUGGAGAAUGACAGCCUGACCAAUGGGGACCUGAAGAGCAAGCUGAAGCAGGAGAACACCCAGCUGGUGCACAGGGUGCACGAGCUGGAGGAGAUGGUGAAGGAUCAGGAGACAACGGCCGAGCAGGCCCUGGAGGAGGAGGCACGGCGACACCGCGAGGCCUACAGCAAGCUGGAGAGGGAGAAGAGCACCGAGAUCGAGCUGUUGCACACCAGGGUGCAGCAACUAGAGGAAGAAAAUACAGAGCUUAGAACAACAGUGACUCGGCUCAAAUCGCAGACAGAGAAACUGGAUGAGGAGCGGCAGCGCAUGUCCGACCGGCUGGAGGACACCAGCCUGCGGCUUAAGGAUGAGACGGACCUGUACAAGCGCGUGAUGGACAAGCUGCGGCAGAACCGCCUUGAGUUCCAGAAGGAGCGGGAGGCGACGCAGGAGCUCAUCGAGGACCUGCGGAAGGAGCUGGAGCACCUGCAGAUGUACAAGCUGGACUGCGAGCGGCCGGGCAGGGGCCGCAGCUCGUCCUCCGGCCUGGGCGAGUUCAACGCCAGGGCCCGCGAGGUGGAGCUGGAGCACGAGAUCAAGCGGCUUAAGCAGGAGAAUCAUAAGCUGCGGGAUCAAAACGAUGACUUGAAUGGACAGAUCUUGAGCCUCAGCCUCUACGAAGCAAAGAACCUCUUUGCCACCCAGACCAAAGCCCAGUCUCUGGCUGCGGAAAUAGACACAGCCUCGCGUGAUGAGCUCAUGGAAGCCCUCAAGGAGCAGGAGGAAAUCAACUUCCGGCUACGGCAGUACAUGGACAAGAUCAUCCUCGCCAUCCUGGACCACAACCCCUCCAUCCUUGAGAUCAAACACUGAGACAAGGGAACUGGCUGCAGAACGGCCUUGGGACCCCAUGACCCCAGGACGAAAGGGCAGACCCUGCCUGAGGAUGCAACCCCGGCCAGGCCUCAGACACACACUGUAAAUGUAUCUCUGGCCACCAUGUAAUGUGUACUGGCGUGGAUGUGGGGACACCGUGUGCACAGCAGGGGGUGAGCGUGGGGCCAUGUGUGGGGUGAGCGCCGUUAGCUGUUCGUGCACUUUGUGGUCCCUUUGCAGGGGCAGGGGAUCCUGGAGGUUGUGGGGGGCAAGGUCUGCAAUCAGGAGUUACUGUAAUAACAAGAACUGGAAGCUUGUGUUUCAAAUACUGGAUAAAGUGAUUCUACCUCUGGGGAUGAAGUUUAAGAAACACUCUAGGGAGACCGGCUCCCUCUCCCCACCCCGUUCCUUCUGGAAGCAGGAGCAAAAUUGUGACCUUUUCCAGGAGUUCAAAUGCCCAACAGCUGUGGCCACCCUUUGAAGUCCAGGUGCUCGAGCUCAGAGAGAAGGAAGGGGCAUUUAGGGGGAACGUGAGGCGGGACCCCCACCAGUCCCCUCCCCGGCCGGCAGCCCCCAGGAUGCUUUUGCGCCAUGUGUCCAAAGGACUUGGGCUCGCCGCGGAGCCACCUUCACUCUGAGUUCUUGGCAUUUUUGGAGUCCUCUGUGCACUUCCCCUUCCCUGCUUACCUACCUCUCCCUUCCUGUUUUUGCUUUGUUUUUAAGGCCAUGAAAAAUUAGCAGUAUUCACUUGUCUGUAAAGUGAAGGGAUUAAAAGGGAGGAAGAGGCUGAGGGACGGGGGCUGGUGGUGGUGGUGCUGAAGGUAAGUGUGGGCAUCGGGCAACCAAAGACCUGGUUUUCAGGGAGGAGCAAGCUCACCUCUCCUCAGUUACCUUCUGCUGGGUGCACUUUAAAAGAGAAGCCAGGAUGGGCCGUCCAGCCCUUCUGCGGGCUGGGAGUGCGCCUUGGUCACCACCCUGUUCGCACAGCCUGGUGACAGCAGGCCUCAGGUUUGGGUGUUCAGAGCCAGGGUCCUGGGCUUGCUCAGCUAGUAGGGAGACCCCUGCAUUCCAGCUUUUAGAAACACACCUGCGUUCGGGCCUCAGCCAGUGGGAAACUAAUGCUGUCCAGGUGGGAGACACAUUUGGGGAAGUUUCAGGGAAGCCUUAGUCUUCCAUCCCCGUGACACGUGUUGGAGUUCACACUCUGGGUUUUUAAUGGGGUCUUUUGCUUUGGCAGCUGGGAAUAGAUAUGGUACUUUCCUUUGAGUUUUUUCAGUGGUUCUCAAUUUUGUGUGGCUGAUUCAUGCCCUUAAUCCAAAUAUAUAUAAACACGUAUGGUCUUUAUUAUUUUCCCCUGCAGUUUGCUUUCGUUAGCACUUCUAGUAUAAAAGGGAAGGUUUGGGCACGUUGAGGAGGGAGCGGAGAGGAGUGUGCAGAGAAGACAGGAGUAGAGAGUGAAGAGGGCUCCUGGGGGCUUGGGUGUGUUCCCUGCUCACAAAGGCAGGGCUGUGGCCAAGACCGGCCUUCGUUCCAGUCCAGUCAGCUUUUGUUUUUGUUGGAUUUUGUGAUUUCUUCUUAAGCAUAUGUUCGGGAUUUGUUUCAUGCCGCAAAUCAUGGGGCUGCAUUGGAUUGAUCCAGGAGUUCAGGGCCACCCACACCAGGAAGACCAGGGCAGGGGUCCGUCUUCUGGGAAUUUCUCAACCCCUUAGGACACUGGUCUCCUUGGGCUCCCCUGAGGAUGUGAGAAGUGGCAGUGGAAAGAAGGCAUAAGGAGUGGGUCUCUUGAGAAUUUGCUAAUAGGAAGGAGUGGCGACAAAUUGAAGGAAAGGAAAGAGGAAUCAUGGGUUUGGUGUGGGUUUUACAUGGGAAAGAGUCCCGCAGAGAGGCCAGCCAGAUCCUGACCUGGUCUGUUGGGGGCCCCGGGGAUGUUGGAUACUAAGAGGUUAGCAGAUCCCUUGCCCCUAGGAUGGGAGGCCGGAUGCCCUCAGGAGCUGGUGAAUCCAGCUGUUCUCACUAGCCUGGGGGUUAGCAAACUUGAGUGGGCGCGUCUGCCUGAUGCUCACAGAGUCAGCAGGUGGCAUGAGUUGGGAUGUGGGAGUGGGAUUAGAACAGAGUAGGGGAGGAAGCUGAUGGGCGGCCUCAGAAACGGCAGUCACCUGCUCUUGCAGCUGAGCAGGAGGGAACACUGGCUCUGUGAGGUUUGCCUCUGGUCUGUUUUCACCUGGGCAGAUGAGGGUUGCCCAGCUCCUCCCCUGUUAGUAGCCAAACCGACACCCGGCCCACAGCCAGGAGGCUCCAGGCGCUACUACACCGGCGAGUCUGAAUCCUGGCCCAGCCGCGUCCUGGUAGUCAGGAGGGCACAGCGUGGGCCCUUCUGUUACAAUGAGGGACUAAGUAACCGACAGAGGCCUCCAGGGACAUGUGGGGGCUGUGGAUCAGGGAGAAAUUAGCCCUCUUCUUGUGCUCUGGGUAGAGGGUGUUUAAUGCAUUAGCAGAUUUAAACCUAAAAGCUAAUUUUAGAUGUGAUUGUAACAGUUUUUGGAUGGUCACCAUGCCAAGGAAAUGACUGUGUUGUCCUGACAGAUCUACAGUGACUCUUAGAAGGCUGAGUGGGUUUUAGAUUGAGGAGAAGGGCCAUUCAGUGCUGUCAUCCUCCCAACCUUUCUUCCUCUGGGACUAGGACAGCCCCUCUAGGGCUGUGAUUCAGGCUGGGGAGACUGAGGCAUGCCUGCUGAGGAGCCUCAAGCUAGGGUGCCACGCCCUCCCCGGUCACUUUGAGCAAGCCCUUCCCUUCACUGACCCUGGGGACCUCCAGGUCCUGGCCUCCUGCUCUGUGUGUGUAUGAAAAGGCAAAGAGCAGGAGAGGCGGGACCAUGGGCCGGCCCACCUGCAUGGCAGGGCAGCUCGGAGGCCCUUCUGCCACACUCUGCUCUCCACCUGGAAAAAUAGGCUACUUUCUAGAAAGGUGUGUUUCUGAAAGCGUAAACCCUGGCGAAGCAUGAUGCCACAUGACUUUGAUGCUCCGACCCUGUGCUGUUAUUACCAUUGCAACUGUAACGGAGGGAUGUCUGCUCCGAGCCACCAGGACGGGCUGCCUGGGAAUGGCAUCCCAGGGCCACCCCUGCAGGAUCCAAGUGUUGUCAUCCCAGGAGCCCGAGCCUCCUGCUGGACCCUCUGCUCUGCUGUGCUGCACAGCUGUGUUUUGUGUGCAUGGUUUGGGGUCAUUGUCCGUGUGCCUUUUUCUUCCCCGUCUCCACUGUACAGGACUUUCCACGUUGCCACUGCCCCUUUUCUACACCCUCUCGUUUGCCCGGCCCUUCCCGAGCCCUGUAAAUGUGUACAUAGUGUUCCUCCCACUUUGUGUCCAGGUGCCUCCACCACGUAGGGCCUGCUCCCACCAGGCCUCCCCGCGCGCUCCCCACGAGGAUCAGGCUCUGCUGCCCCUCCCCUCCCUCAGUCAUGCAAACGCGGUCACUGUACAGAACUUUCCAUUGUGGUCUUAAGCUUAGGGGGCUUGGGCCCACUUGGUCCCUCAUCUAGCCUGCUGCUAGUUUAGACGCCGUGCCCACCAGGAAAGGGUGACUGUGUAAAGCAGCCUCCCACAAACCUCUCCCUGUGUUGGUGUCGAUAUUUAUAGAAAGCAGAGUGUACCUCCCGCACCUGGGCUUCAGCCCCGCAGGGGUGUCCCGGGUCUGCCAGCUCCGUGGGCCCGUUGGAGAUGCACCUCCAGCCCCAGAGGAAGCUCCGGCUGUGUGGCGCCCAGCACUUGGCGUCGGGCCUGGGUUCAAGCUGCUGCCAUCUGGUGUCUAGAACAGCUUCGGACAGGUGGGCAGAAGGUGCGGAGGCUUCUUGCUGCCGCCUGUGUCUGCCGUUAACAACUGCCAAGCUCUUCCUCGCCUGCUGAAGGUGCUCACACCGGGUGCCAUUAAAUACCCGACAGACGCCGGGACCACCAUCAGACCGUGCGCUGCUGCGGACUCGCUCGCAGCCCGCUGGCUCCCUUCAUCCCGCUUCCUUGGCUGGGUCUCGGGGGAGCCCAAAUGGAGUAAGCUGUGCUUGUGGCCUCAGGCCCCAGGGUUGGUUAGCUGGUUUUGACUCUCCGUGGAGUUCCACCUGAGCCUUUUGCCCCAGGAGCCUCCAUCUGGAAGCAGGCUUAGCUUUCGGGCUCAGGUGAGACCUCUGCCUCCAGGCCCCAGGGUGGGAGGAGGCCCCAAGGCUGUGUCCCAGGGUCCCGAGCUCUCCACCUCCUGCCUGCUUCCAGCCAAAAAGGGGCAGGCUCUCAGGGGAGGGCUCCUUUGGGAACCACUGUACAGACUGAGGUGUAAAUAAACAGUUUGCUUUUCUUGCCUGA